AACGCGGCGUUGGCGUCUUUUGUUGCCGAAUAUUGAUCUUUUUUCAAUGUGCUACCUUAUACAAACAGGAUAAUUAUACAUACGUAAGAGCAUCUUUACUCACUUUUACCAUGGCUAAACGUAACUCAAAGCGUGAACCCGUCAAGGUAGUUGAGCCCGAACCAGAAAGUGAAGAAGAUGACCUUGAUAAUCUGGAAUUGGACGGAGAGGCUAGCUCAGAGGACGCCGAUGUCGAUGUAGACGGCGACGGAGAGGACGAAGCAGGCAGCGAUGACGAUGAUGUAGGGACAGCGUCAGAUGUAGAUGAGGAUGAGAUUGAGGAGGCUAUGCUGGACUUACUGGCUGCGCAAGCGGAGCGGGCGCAACAGAAGGCCGCCGCCACGGUAGCAGCGAACAAGGCUGGGGCUAAAGACGCGCAGAGCGCAAGGCCGCGAAAAUCAUCUGCAGCAGCAGCAGUUUCAGAUGAUAACCCAGACGCGGACAUCACAGCAGCUGGCCCAGCUGGCGAUCAAAACGGCCCCAACGGCGCUCCCGCCGCCGCUGCCGCUGCUGACGGCGACGACGACACGGAAGCAGCCGAAGCCGAAGCAGUCCCCCCCGUGGACCCGGGCAGCGACUCCAGCGAGGAUGAGCGCCCCAACCGCAACACGGUGGGCGCAGUGCCGCUGGAGUGGUACAAGGACGAGGAGCACGUGGGGUACGACAUCGAGGGGCGCCGUAUCGCCCGUACGGAGCGGAAGGACCGCCUGCAGCAGCUGCUGGAUCGGAACGACUCCAAGAAGGCGCUCCGCACCAUUUACGACCCCUACAACGACGAGGAGAUCACCCUCACGCGGGAGGAGCUGGCCAUGGUAAUGCGCAUUCGCGGCGGCCAGUUCCCACAUGUGGAGGUGAAUCCCUUCGAGCCGUACAACGACUACUUCAGCCGGGAGCGCGAGGUGAUGCCCAUCGUGGACCGGCCCGAGCCCAAGAGCCGCUUCGUGCCCUCCAAGUGGGAGGAGAAGAAGAUCGUCAAGCUGGUUCGCGCCAUCCGCAAGGGCUGGAUCCGCGUCGCCCCGCGCACCCAGCAGGACCCCGACGCCGAGCAGGCCCCCCAGGAGCCGCCCGUCUACAUGCUAUGGGCGGACGACGGCACCGCAGACCUGGGGGCGGGCGGCAAGAGCGGCAGCGGCCUCACCUACAUCCCCGCACCCAAGCCCCAGCUGCCCGGACACGCGGACAGCUACAACCCGCCUGCCGAGUACCUGCCGACGGAGGAGGAGGUGGCGGCCUGGCAGAUGGAGGACCCGGAGGACCGAGAGCGCAAGAGCCUGCCCACCGCCUUCCCCUCGCUGCGGCAGGUGCCGGCGUACGCGGACUUCAUAAAGGAGCGCUUCGAGCGGUGCCUGGACCUGUACCUGUGCCCGCGUGUGCGGAGGAAGCGUCUGGACAUCAAGCCCGAAGCGCUGGUGCCCCAGCUGCCCAAGCCGCGCGACCUGCAGCCCUUCCCCACCACCCUCGCCCUCACCUACGAGGGGCACAAGGGACCCGUGCACUCCAUCGCCGCCGACCCAUGGGGCGGCCAGUGGCUCCUCAGCGGCGGCCAGGACGGCACGCUGCGGAUAUGGGAGGUGCGCAGCGGCCGCUGCUGGCGCACGUGGCAGCUGGGCGGCCCCGUGCUGUGCGUGGCGUGGUGUCCCGCGGGUCACUUGCGGUUGGUGAGCGCUGUGGUGGGCAACCGAGUGGUGCUGCUGCCCUCGGGCACGGGACCGGAGGAGGUACAGCAGGCGGCGGAGGCGGCGCUGCAGGCGGCUGCGGGAACUGGUAGCAGCGGGCGUGAGGGGGAGGAGGCGGCGGGGGAGCUGGCGGUGUGGCGGGUUUGGAGCGGGCCUGAGGCGGCGCCCUCGGGAGCUGAGGAGGCUGGGGCAGCAGCAGCGGGAGCGGCGGCGGAUGGAGAGGGCCAAGCAGCAGCAGCGGCGGAUGGGGGGCAGGCGCGGGGGGGCACGUCGGCAGCAGCCGGGCCCUCGGGGCGUGUGCUGGGGUUGCAGGUGGUGUUGCGGUUCCCUGUACGGCACUUCUCCUGGCAUGCGCGCGGGGACUACUUCGCCACGGUGGCGCCCACGGGGAACACGCAGGCUGUGGUGGUGCACCAGCUGAGCAAGGCCGCCUCGCAGAACCCCUUCCGCAAAAACCGCGGCCGGGUGGUGCGAGUGGCCUUCCACCCCACUAAACCCUUCUUCUUCGUGGCCACGCAAAACCACGUCCGCGUGUACAACCUGGCCAAGCAGGCGCUAGCCAAGAAGCUGCUGGGCGGCGGCGGCAGUCUGAGCUGCCUGGCGGUGCACCCCAGCGGGGACCACGUGCUGGUGGGGUCGGACGACAAGCGGGUGGCAUGGUACGACCUGGACCUCAGCAACAAGCCGUACAAGGCGCUCAGAUACCACCAGCAGCCUCCUCGCGCAGUGGCCUUCCACCGCUCCUACCCGCUCUUCGCGAGCAGCUCGGACGACGGAACGGUGCAGGUGUUCCACGGCAUGGUGUACAGCGACCUGCUCACAAACCCGCUCAUCGUGCCCGUCAAGAUCCUGCGCGGGGGCCACACGCCGCACCCCACCCUGGGCGGAGUGCUGGACUGCGCCUUCCACCCCACCCAGCCCUGGGUGUUCACGGCGGGGGCGGAUGCCAAGAUCCUCCUGUACUGCAACUAACUGCUGUACUGCAACCAACUGACUUCAUAGAGCUUGUGAUUAGGCAUGAAAGUGGGAUUGCGCGGUUGGGGAAGGCUGUAACGGGGGUGAAGCGGGCGUGGGUUGCUGGAGCGUUGGGGAGUAGCUUGUACCGGUAGGUAAGGGGCAUGUUGGCAUGAGAGUUUGGGGCUAUAGCUUGCAAACCUGGCUCUUUGUGGCUUUAAAGCGUUUCUUGGUAGGUAAGUGUGGGUGAAACUGAAAUGAAUUGGGAAGACGUGACUGUGUGUGUCGAAGGGAUGUCGGAACCGAUUUACGGGGUGCAUGGGUUGAAGCGGGGCAGCAUUGGGGGCUCUCGGCUCUUGACCGAGCGUCGUACUGAACGUGCGCUGGUACGGGAUUGCAUGCAUGCAAGCAUGAGGAGGAGGGAAGUGGUAGGGCUAGGAAGGUUCGAGGAGACUGGGAGUACCGGUACCUAGGGGGGGGCACACCCUCAGGGCCGCUGAUGCUGCUAGCUGGAGAGGCACCGUGGUGCAGGCGGCGCGCUGAUGUGUCUCGGGCUAAAUUCCUACGCAUUUGCCUUUGCAAGUAGCGGCCUGGUGCAGGAUUGUACACUCGGUAUAAAUAGGGUGCGCAUGGGACGUCUGCGUGGCUGCCGUCCUAACGCACACCGAGAACGUGUAAGGCGUCUUGUCAGAG